UGGGGAAGGAAGAGGGAAGGCAGGCGAACACUGGCAUGGGCUUUAGCUUGAAUUUGUCCCGUGCUGCUGCAGCUGCCGCUGAUCCUCUUCGAGUCAGCCGCUGCUUGACUUGACAGCCCCCUCGGUUACUUGCCUGCUCACCCCUGCUCUGCUCCCAGUGCCUCUGCCCUGACACACGUCCGCAAGCCUCAGGGCAACUCUGCAAUACCCGAUCACCUUGGGAGGACCAGACCCGAGGGACCAGAGGAUCGCUUCUCCUGGGACCCACCUCCUACUCUAGAGGUGGAGGGCAGGGGCGGGCACCAGUGCUUAGGGCCACCCCUGCCUCGCCCCCACCCCUUUCUUGCCCAGAAUAGCCUCUUAGGCAUGGGAGACUGGGUCUGAGGGCAGUGGAUGAAUGAUCGCCGUGCUCCACAGCCCAAGAGCUCGGGAAAGAGGUGACUCCACAGCCUGACCCGGUGGAAGAGAAGGGCAGGAUGAACAGACCUCUUCCAAAUGUUUGAGAAGGCUCAAGGUUUAGAAGAAGGCUCCUAUAAAUAAAGGCAAAUUAAAAUGACAUUGUAGUGCUUUAAUCCUUCCCUGGUCUCCCAUGUGACUAAAACAAGACCUAUUUGCAAGUUUCCUCUUUCACUGGAGUCCAGAAUACCGGCUCUAGAAUGUAUUGGCAGUUAUUCAAUUGACAACAACUAGAAAUGGAGAGAGUCAAAGAGAUAUCCUAGGAACCAGGACUUAGUGGGACAGAAGGAGCCUUUUAUAUGCCUGAAUGAAAACUUCACCAAGGCUAGAAGAUGAAUCAAAGGAAGUAGCAGUUUGGGAUCUUUGAUCUGCAGUCUGAUAAGAUGCUAUAGUUUAUUCAGUGGGAUCUGAAAGUAGCCAGAGUCUAAGCAGAGCUUCCCUCCUUGGGCAGCUGGUUGUGGUCCUGGACCCCACAGUCAAUGAAAGCCUAUACAUUAUACCCAUAGGAAAAUGUUUGGAACUUCCCACAUGAAUUGAGCAACUUUCUGUUUUACUACAUAUGCUAUACCAUGAUAGCUUUGGCAGUCUUCGGGGUAAAAUUGAGAGAUUGAAAUUGCUCGUGUUGAAUGACCAUCCUCCUUUGGGUUGAACAGGAAGAUCUGAGCCCAAAUUGAAGUUAUUUUCUAUGUAGAACAUUGUUAGAGCUUCUGGGCUAGAGACAGGCUCAUCUUGCCCAGCACACUGAAUUCUUAAACACUGGCUAACACCCCUUGGAUACCACAAUGGAGACGUAAGCCUCCAAUGGACGAUGACCACGGUGUAUGUGAAUGGAGGCCUGGGGAACCCCCGCUAUGCCAGAUGGAAUCGCCGGGAGAGCAUUGAGGACUGUGGCCAGCCUGAGCAUUACCAGGGAGAUGUGGAAGACCAGCAGCACAGGCUGACACCAUUUGAAAAACUCAUGCGGGACAUGUCAAAGAAUGAGAAGGUAGUGAGAGAAAUCACGCUUGGGAAAAGGAUUGGCUUCUACCGGGUCCGAGGGGAAAUUGGAAGUGGAAACUUCUCCCAGGUGAAGCUUGGAAUUCACUCCCUAACCAAAGAAAAGGUUGCUAUUAAGAUCCUGGACAAGACCAAGUUAGACCAGAAGACCCAAAGGCUACUGUCACGUGAGAUCUCCAGCAUGGAAAAACUGCACCAUCCCAACAUCAUCCGCCUUUACGAAGUUGUAGAGACCUUGUCUAAGCUUCACCUGGUGAUGGAAUAUGCGGAAGGCGGAGAGCUCUUUGUGAAGAUCAGCACUGAGGGAAAGCUCUCGGAAACCGAAAGCAAGCUCAUAUUUUCCCAGAUUGUGUCAGCGGUGAAGCACAUGCAUGAAAAUCAAAUUAUUCAUAGAGAUCUGAAGGCAGAAAAUGUAUUUUAUACAAGCAAUACUUGUGUGAAGGUGGGUGAUUUUGGAUUCAGCACAAUAAGCAAAAAAGGUGAAACCUUGAACACUUUCUGUGGGUCUCCUCCAUAUGCUGCCCCAGAGCUCUUCCGGGAUGAAAAUUAUGUGGGCAUUUAUGUGGACAUCUGGGCCUUGGGGGUCCUCUUAUAUUUUAUGGUGACUGGAACCAUGCCAUUUCGAGCAGAGACAGUGGCCAAACUGAAGAAGUGUAUUCUCGAUGGGACAUACAGCAUACCCCCUCAUGUCUCUAACCCCUGUCAGAGGCUGAUCCGUGGGGUUCUGCAGCCAAUACCCACAGAAAGGUAUGAUAUUGACUACAUCAUGAACAAUGAAUGGAUGCAAGGGGUGCUCCACCCCACUCCCUUGGAACCCUUCCAACUAGAUCCCAAGUAUUUAUCGGAAAAAAGUACACUUAAGGAAGAAGAGAAUGAGGUUAAAAACACCCUGGAAAAUCUGGGUAUUACUGAAGAGCAUAUUAGAAAUAACCAAGGGAGAGAUUCCCGCAGCUCAAUCACUGGGGUCUACCGUAUCAUUUUGCACAGAGUCCAAAGAAGAAGGGCUUUAGAGAGUAUACCAAUAGUGACCCUGCCAGACCCCAAGCAAGAAGAUUCAAAGAAAGCUUCCCGUGUCUACCGGGGCAUACGUCACACAUCCAAAUUUUGUUCAAUUUUAUAAAUUGCAUUAGACUGCCAAUAAGUUUAACCAUUGUUUUUGGAUUUGUUUUUAAAAAAUUUCCACAAGCAAUGUGGGUUAUGACAAUUUUCUAAUUUAAAAUAAACUCAAAUAGUAA